AGUGUUUUUGUCUUUUCCGUUUCCUGAUUAGGCUAUUCAUUGGCAUAGCGUUAAAUAUUGACUGCAUUAUUCCUGCAUGUUGACUUUACGGUUCUAUCUAUCACUAAACGGUGCUCGACCUGAAAUAAGAGCAUAAUGCUUUUGUAUUUGUACCAAUAAUCCAAUUUUUGACAGAAAUAUUACAAACAAUUCAUAUGUGUACAUUGAAUACAUGUUAUACCAAUGCUCCUUGUGGAAACAAUACUGCUUAAAUAUGGGAAUCGUACACUUUGCUUUGAUUUUACCCUUCCUGGCAGGAAUCAUGGACGGAAUGCCAAACCGGGGAAACAGACAACAGUCAGGAGGAUUUUCAUGCAGUGAUAUAACAAUAAUGCAAAAAGGUUGGGAUCAUUACUUCAGAUGCUGUAAGAAUGGAUACGCAGGCACAAGCCCUUGUCCAAUUGACUGUCCAUGCCAAAACAACGCUAAAUGCGAACCAGAAAAACGUCGUUGCGUUUGUCCGGCAGGUUGGACGGGACGCUUCUGCCAAGACAAAUGUAUGGAGGGUAAAUAUGGCAUGAACUGCUCACAUCGAUGUAACUGUGGUGAUGGGGCGCGCUGCGACAGAUUCACAGGCAACUGCGUCUGCAAGCAACCAGAUUGCCGCGACAGAUGUCCAAACGGAUUCUAUGGUGCCGAUUGCUCAGAGAAAUGUGUUUGCGAUGAUUCGGGAUGCGAUACUAUCUUAGGGAAUUGUAUUUGUAAAAAUGGUGGAACUAUUGUAAGAAUGGACAAAAGCGAGUUGUGCUUAUGUUCGCCCGGAUGGCAGGCUUCUAAAUGUGAUGAGAAAUGCUAUACUGGUUACUAUGGAGAUGGGUGUCGCCAUAAAUGUGGCGCGUGCAGUGAAAAUGCAACCUGCGAUCACGUGACAGGUCACUGUACUUGCAUAGACAAAGAAAGAUGUGGCAACACAUGUCAGGUUGGAUACUCGGGUAUUAAAUGUCUAAAACGUUGUCGAUGCCCCCACUCCAGUCCUUGUACCACUCAGGAUGGUGACUGUGGCUGUUUCAAAGGUCAAAUAUGUGUACCAGAAACAUUAAGCGACGAUGGUUCUGAAAGUCAAACGUCGACACUGUUAGCAGCGAGUCUCCCAGCAGCAAUGUUCGUCGUAUGUGCCGUUAUGGCGUUAGCAACCAAGAUUAUGUGUACACGAUGUAGGAAUGCAAAAGCGGGCAGCAGGGACGAUACAUAUGCCACUGUGAAUGAAAUGGAAGAAAAGUGUUUGGAAAAAGAUGAAUCAUGUGUUCGUCCAACGAGUCAAUGCUUCACAAAUAAAACUUACAACAGUGUUAUAGAUAUAUUGCCAAAAGGAAUGACUGUAAUGCAUCUUGUCUACGACGAUGCGAACAAUCCUGCUGUCAGCCACACGUAUCCAAGAACUCCCAAGGCUAAAGAGAAACCUCAUAUUGCUAAAAUGUGUCUUGGAGAUACGGCGGGAUCCCCUGCAUCACUGCCAACACCACUUGACGCGUCUGGUGAAUAUCAAGAGUACAAACAGGACGAUUCACAACCUGAAUACAUGGGGUUGAUGAAAAAUGCCGUCUGGAAUUUCUUUAGACACAGCAACGAAAAUGAAGAUAUUUAUGAGGAAGCAUUUGAUUGUCCUGGAGGAGGAAUACCGCGGAUUAAUAUUCAGAACAGUGACGGUAGUCCUCCUGCCGGAAAUAUCCACGUUUUGCAAGCAGAAAUGCAUGCAACUCAAAAGAGUCCUACAAAUACAAAGGACUCCAAUAGCAGCCUAAAUGAUCUAUCGUCAAUUUACUCAAACAUUAUCAUUUGUCCGAUGUCUAUUAACGAAUUUGAAGAAAGUUUCAAGACAGAAAUGUCAGACGCGACUGAAGAUAGUGUUUUAUUGAGUCGCGAUACAAAGAGUAGUAUGUAUUCAAAUCUCAAAUACAACCUACAAAAUACAGGAAUUAAGUACGACGCAAAAAAGGGAAGCAGUGAGCAAAUAUCAGAAGAAAUGACUGAUGUAGUUGAUCAUGUGCUUCACUUUAGCGGGAAAGGUAGCGAUGAACAUCCGCUACAUCAUAAUAGGCCGCGCUCAGUUCGCAGACAAAUUAAAAGUUGUGGUAGUGAAUACAUAGAAGCCAUAAACCCAAUUUAUGCCGAGUUGCAAUUUAGUCAACCGGACAAUGAACAAGAAAGUAGUACAGUGGAACCGGGUAAAUGGAAAGCACUUGAGCAUUUAUUUGCAGACGAUCUGUAUGCGAAUCUUGAACUGAUUAGUUCUUCUGAAGCAAUCGAUUCUGAGAAUGAAGGAGUUCUUUACACAAAAGUUGAUAAAGGCCAAAAGAACCCUAGUCCAGGCGGUAGCCCUACCAUCUCACUAAGAACGAGAGAGCGUGUCGGGGUGUACACAACCCUCGAUCGAAAACUUAAGUGUGGAAAGUUACUGAGUAAACCUAGUAAAUGGACUUCACAAGAUAAAGGAAAAACUGUUGACUUCCGGUUAUCACCUCCUUCACCUAGCAUGAUUCUAAAGUCCUAUGAUGCUGCCAAAUAUAAAACAAAAGACUGUGCUAGACCGUUACUUAGUCGUUCACAUAGCUAUGGCUUCGAUGACGCAAGAGAAUCUCGACAUGUUCAGAGUAAAAACUCAUGAUUGAAUAUUGACGCUCAUUGUGUUUGAUGCAAAUAUUUCAUGUAGCUCUGGAUGGUUGGCAGGAUGAACUAAAUCACUGACAUCCAGACAUCUUUUAAUGUCAGACUUACAAUACUUCGUUGAGCAUCGUCUAAAAGUUGCGAAGCCCACUGGUUUAUUUUUGUAUAGAUGACAUCCAUGGAAGUUGAUGCCUUGUAGAAGCAUGCGUGGCUUUUUGACAUGUAUAUAUUGCUAUGCAAUGAAUGAUGGUGGAUCAUGACAAUCAGUACGACAAACAAGGUGUUAGGAUUAAUCAAGUUUAAAAUGGAAAAAUUACUUUGGAUCAAAAUGACUUUAACGACCAUUUUGGUUCAAAAUGAUUUCGACGACCAUCGAGCUGUUUUACCAACACCGAUGUUCAACAUUCCGUUCACUAUUCAUCAAACAUUUUGAAGAAUUUCUUGACUCCCUACAAAGUAGGCCUAUCUUUGUUGCCAUACUCGAUUAUGAUCUCAAUUAUAAUAAAUAUAAAACGUUUGAUUUAAUGAAAAUAUCUUUGUAGAACGUACUCUAGCUAGGCCUGUAAUGUUGUUUAUAGGCUUGUUCACGAAUACAGCAGUGUACAUAGUGCAACCGCCUAUGAUGCUUUAAUUUUAAGGUAUCAAACAGAACCCAAUCAACUGUAUCCCUGGUAUGACGAUCUAUCUUAAUGUUAUUAAUGCUUUAUAUAGAU